GGAGCCUCCUUUCUUUGCCUCCAUCGUUCUCUCGGCCUUCUGCAGAAAAAAGCCCACCAGCAUAACUGGAUUCGCCUAUCAUUCAGCUGCUGAUCUUCUCGCCUCUGCCUGAAACAGUUCCUUUCGUGAUGCUCCAGAACAGGGUCUCUAAAUCAGAGAAGAGUAAUUGAAACCUUGAAUCUGCGAAAUCAAAUGGCUUCAAAGGAUGAUCGGGACAACUUGGCUGAAUCGCUUAAUGACCUACUCACCAAUGUCUCAAAGAUGGUCAAAGGCGAGCUCUAUGAAACCAACAAUCUACUUGAAUUAUUGGAGAAAAUGAAUGCGAAAGUUGCCGAAGAAUAUGAAGGGUUUGGUGAUCUGGCAUCCGGCCUUAGAGUCUUCGUUGAGCAGCUCAAGUCCAAGAGCGGUAGCUUUGAUGAGUAUGUGCAGCAGAUCGAUGCAAUUGAGCGGCAAGUAUCUGAACUUGAAGUUGUCGUAUCUAUGCUUGAUAAGUAUGUUUCUCUUUUGGAAUCAAAAGUAGAGUCUGUUUACCAUGCCCCGUCUUCACGACUACACCUUUGAAUGCAUAAUUUUUUUGAAUACCAUCGCACAAACUCUCCAUGUUCAUAAUUGCUCUUGCUUACUCCUUUCUGUCCCACUAAGUUCUUACACGAGAGCCCAUCAUUAGAUAGAAGAAUUUGCCUUGAACACAGUGGGAUGAGAGGAAAAUUACACGAGAUCUGUAGCCAUGCAUGCCCUUGCUUUCUUAUUUUU